CGGGCGCCCAGCGUCCGUGCCUGUCGCUCCCCGCUGCGGCCCCUCGGCCGGGCACAGCCUGCAACGCGCGCGCCCCCCCGGGCGAGGGGCGGGGGCGAGCACUGUCCCGGCCGGCGCUGAUCUUACGCUCCUAUUGGCCGCUGUCUGCGCUGACGUCACGAUCAUGAUGAGAAUUAAUGAUCGGAGGCGCUGAUUUCAUUGUGUGACGCCGGGACCGACCCAGCCGAAACCGGCUGAAUCCGGAGCCCCGAUCGCCCUGCAGCAGCCCCGCACAGCACGAUGAAUCUGCGUUCUGUAUUUACUGUAGAGCAACAAAGGAUAUUGCAGCGUUAUUAUGAAAAUGGAAUGACAAAUCAAAGUAAAAAUUGCUUUCAGCUCAUAUUACAGUGUGCACAAGAAACUAAACUGGACUUCAGUGUAGUCAGGACCUGGGUUGGCAAUAAACGAAGGAAGAUGAGCAGCAAGAGUGCUGUGGAGUAUGGAGGCACUCCCCCAGGGUCUGUCCCUACCACUCCCUCAGUGCCUCCAGAAGUUAGAAACGUGGUAAAUAUUGCUCGAUCCCAAAGUCAGCAACCUUCUUGGACCUCUUCUAAUAAUAACGAUGUAAUAGUUACUGGUAUUUACAGUCCUGCUAGCUCAUCUGGCAGGCAAGGAUCCACCAAGCAGACAAAUGCUUCAGUGGCAGAGCUCCAGAAAGCCUCUAUUCCCCGGCUGCCAGGGAAAGGCGACUCGGAGUUCCAGCAGCAGCACAUCCCCAUCGGGCGCCAGGUACCGCACUGUAAGAAUGCUUCCCUCUUGGUGGGGGAAAAGACCAUUAUUUUAUCUAGGCAAACGAGCGUGCUGAAUUCUGCAAACUCCAUCUACAGUCACACCAAAAAAAGCUAUGGUGGCUCCUCAGUCCAGACUGCAGAGUUGGUGUUACCUCAGAAACCCAUGAUAUGCCACAGGCCCUGCAAAGCUGAGCCCACGGGAUGUCAAAGGUUACAAAAGCCGGAUCACGCGUCUCUCUCCUCGCACGUGCCCCCUGGACAAAGGGCUAAUCCCAGGGACCCUUCUUGUAGCACACAAAACCUGGAAAUCCGGGAAGUGUUUUCUCUGGCAGUUACAGAUCAACCUCAAAGAGUGGUGGGAGGCAGCGCAGCGCAGAAGCACUGCUCGACGGAGGGCAGCUGUCUGUCCAUCGCGAUGGAAACUGGCGACGUGGACGACGAAUAUGCCAGGGAAGAAGAGCUGGCAUCCAUGGGAGCACAAAUACAAAACUAUUCAAGAUACUGUGAAAGCAGCAGUUUUGUCCGAGUGGAGAACCAAAGUGCAGCCUUGUCUGGGCCAGGAAGAAACGCCAGCUGUAGUUCACAGCUGGUGAAUGCCAGGGACAUGCCUGACAAUAUUCUGUAUCAUAACAGAGACUACAACUUGCCUGCACGGACCUCAUUGCAUACAACAUCCAGUACACUGUAUAGCAGUGCUCAUCCCUCAAGAAGUACCUUUUCUCCUCAUUUUACAUCUUCGAGUCAACUGAGGCUGUCACAAAACCAAAAUAACUACCAGAUAUCAGGAAACCUUACUGUGCCUUGGAUUACAGGUUGUUCCAGAAAAAGAGCAUUACAGGACCGCACGCAGUUUAGCGACCGAGACUUAGCUACCCUGAAGAAGUACUGGGACAAUGGCAUGACCAGCCUGGGCUCAGUCUGCAGAGAGAAAAUUGAAGCUGUGGCAGCAGAAUUAAAUGUUGACUGUGAAAUAGUGCGGACCUGGAUUGGGAAUCGCAGACGGAAAUAUCGUUUAAUGGGGAUUGAGGUCCCACCCCCUAGAGGAGGUCCUGCUGAUUUCUCUGAUCAGUCUGAAUUUGUUUCUAAAUCAGCACUUAAUCCAGGAGAGGAAACUGCUACUGAAGUGGGGGAUGAUAAUGAUAGGAAUGAUGAAGUAUCAAUCUGCUUAUCUGAAGGAAGCUCACAAGAAGAGACAAGUGAAGCUCUCCAAAAUGAAGAAAUUGGUCACAAAGAUGAUGACCAGAAUCCAGUAUCUGCUGAUAAUGUGAAGAUAGAAAUCAUAGAUGAUGAAGAAAGCGACAUGAUCAGUAAUUCUGAAGUGGACCAAAUGAGUUCCCUUUUGGACUAUAAGAAUGAAGAAGUCAGAUUCAUUGAGAACGAGCUGGAGAACCACAAACAGAAGUAUUUUGAGCUGCAGACGUUUACUCGGAGCUUAAUACUUGCUAUUAAAUCAGAUGAUAAAGAACAGCAGCAGGCACUGCUCUCAGACUUACCUCCUGAUUUAGAAGAAAUGGAUUUCAAUCAUGCAUCCCCAGAGCCUGAUGAUACCUCAUUCAGCUUGUCGUCUUUAUCAGAGAAAAAUGCCUCAGACAGUUUGUGAUUGAUCUUUUGUAACUGACAAGAAGCAGCCCCACCUUGUGGGUAGGUUUCAAGAGAACAGCAUUUUGCUUUCCAGUGUUCCUCAGUCCAAAACAGAAAGCCCAAGGUGAAGUAGACUCUCCCGAAGGAUGACUGCAGUGUGUCAUGGCUACAGUGUGCACUGUCAAGCAAUUCUGAAUGUUGGGGUUUUUUGGUAAAUGCAAGAACUGUGUGAGGGAAGGUUUCACUUUCAGCAGUUUGGCCUUGAUUAGGGUAACUUCUGCCUCUCCAGAAGAAUUCUUGCUCUGUAGCAAAGUCUUUUUGAGCAGGGAUCCAAGAGUGGAAAACAAAUGACCCGUUAUAGAGACGCUCAACUCUUCAGAGUUGCUUGCUCACCAGUCCUCUUUAUUACUUUUUCCCCCCCAUUUUUACUCAGGUAGGUGGACUAAAACUUGGGGUUCCAAAUAGGAAAGAAUGAGCUUUUAAAGAGUUGUGCUUUGAACCCUUGGGAAAGUCUGAAAUUAAACUCUGAUGGUUUUCAUUUGUAUGACUUCAGAUUGUUGAAUCUUCCAUUUUCUGACCAAAAUAGCUGAAACAGCUUUGAAAGGCUAACUGAAAGAUUGGAAUUCUCAUCAAUAAAUUAUUAAUGUGAUGAAGCAGUCCUAAGUCUUGUAACAAAUGAGCUGGAUCUGGGAAACCGGAUAGCUGCAGAACACAACCUUCUGAUGCUCUCACCAUAGCAAUGGGAUUAGAUCUUUGUGCUCCUCGUCCGAGUUUUCUCAGCGUAGUUACAGGUUUCAUUUGUCAAAGCCUGGAUGCUGAAGUUCUGUUCUUUAAGUAGUUCAAGUGUUUGGAAUUGACUUUUGCAGAUCUAAAUGUGACCUGGUUUUGAAGUAGCCCUGUCUGACAAAUGUUUUGGCAACUGCCAGGUGCCAUUUCUAAACUGUGAGCUGACUGCAGGUAGUGGCUGAAAUCAAUUUCUUCUUUCCUGGCUGUCUUGACAUUGAAUCCCUUUACUCACCUGGUGAAAUGGAUGUGCAAACACG